AUACCACAUCACACAAUAGGCUACAACUCCAGUGUACUGUGCAGUAGGCCUAUUUGCAAAUUGCACGCAACAUAUCCAAGAAAUUGGAUUGUACUAGACUAAUCAGUGGAUUGAUUCAGGGCCACCACAGGCACCUUUUAUAGUCUACAGGAAUAUUGAUGUGGUUUAAAAAUGUAAAAGUAUGCGAGGACUUGCUAUGGUGUAUAUGUCGCGUAUCUCUAGCUCCCCUGUAGGCUUUCGUAACCAAAGAGCAUUGAAAUAAAGGGAGCCGUCGAACUAGUCUGGCUACUACUCUCUCCCCGGUACGGAAACCGGUUGCUGUCAGAAUACGGCACAACCUAAUUAUUUAAUUUCAAGGGAGACAAAUUUACUUUAAAUUCGGGAGUUCGUAAAGCCUACUACACAGGUGAAGAAGUAGAAAGUUGUGACACGACCAACCUCACAAGCGGCGCCCGAGAUUAUCGUGAAUUUAUUUGGAGUGCAGGAGGUCUGGAAAACAACCAGAAAAAUAGUGUGAGGGGGGGGAAGAGGGAAAAAGAGCAAGACCAUGGCUCAGAUUAAGCUGCAGAAUGUGGAGGACUACUAUGAGAUUGGAGAGGUGCUUGGCAGUGGUCACUUUGGGCAAGUGCGUGCGGUGCUGGAGCGGGCGUCCAAGGCCCACUGGGCGGGGAAGUUCCUGAAGCUGCGUCGGAGCGCCAGUAGCCGCCUGGGCCUGGAGAGGAAGAGUGUGGAGAGGGAGGUGGAGAUACUGCAGAGCCUGCAGCACGCCAACGUCAUGGCCCUCAGGGAUGUGUUUGAGAGUCGCGCCGAGGUGGUGCUCAUCGUGGAGCUUAUCAGUGGUGGGGAGCUGUUUGAUUUCAUAGCAGAGAAGGAGAGCCUGUCUGAGGAGGAGGCCAUAGAGUUCUUGAAGCAGAUCCUCAUGGGAGUGGGCUUUAUGCACACUAAGAACAUUGCCCACUUUGACCUCAAGCCAGAGAACAUCAUGCUGGCUGACAAGACGAUGCCACACCCCCACAUCAAGAUCAUUGACUUUGGACUGGCCCAUCGCCUCAAACAGGGGGAGGAGUACAGGAGCCUAUCUGGGACCCCACAGUACAUCGCCCCUGAGGUGAUUAACUAUGAACCCCUGAGCGAGGCAGCCGACAUUUGGAGUAUUGGUGUGAUAACCUACAUAUUGUUGAGUGGUUUGUCCCCCUUUCAAGGAGAUAAUGACGAGGAGACACUAAAGAAUAUCGUGGGGAUGAUCUAUGAGUUUGAAGAGAACUAUUUCACCAAGACCAGCACCAUGGCCAAAGACUUUAUUGAGAAACUGCUGGUCAAAGACCCAAUAGAGAGAAUGACAGCGGAUGAAUGUCUAGAACACCCUUGGAUCAAGCCCCUCACACGUAAACAGGCAGAUAACAGAAGUCGGUCGUCCAUCAACAUGAAAAGCUUCAAGAAGUUCAACGCCAAAAGGAAAUGGAAGAUGUCAUAUAACAUGGUGUGGGCGUGUAACAGAUUAUUUCGCCUGCAGUUGCAGUGUAAAAGCAGGUCCCAGGAGGACCCAGAACUGAGGCAGUGUGAGAGCGACCAGGAGGACACGGAGACCAAGCCUGCUUCUCUCAUUCGCCGCCGCCUCAGCAGCAGUUCCUAAAGAAGACCACUGGGGUCACUAACACAGCCACAGACCACCUCUAUCCAUCCCACCAUGGGGAAAUGGAGAGAAGCCUUUUGUGAGUGCUGCACCAAUCAACAAUAGUCUGAGUUACAGAAUGACUGACUAUGCUAGUGACGAUACGAGUAACAAACCCGUGAUGUGCAGGUGCCUAAAGCCAGUGUUAGUCCACAGAGUUGAAUCUUAAUGUCAGACACCGUUCCUGAUCAAACCACUGUAGUUUACCAAACUGCUUCUGUUACACUUCACCCCCAUUUGACCUAGCAUUUGCCUGUGCCUUUUAUGUAUUUGCCUGUGCCUUUUAAGUUUGACAUAUUUAUUUUCUGAACAUGCCAAAACUUUUGUUUUGGUGCACGGGAUAGAGUUUGUCACACUUAUAGCUAACCUCGAUUGCAAUUAUUAUGCCUUACAAUAUUAUGUGGUUAUUAUUUAGCCUCCGCCACAUGUUCUGAUAUUUUUGACUACUGUGCAUGUUCUGAUAUUUUUGACUACUGUAUGCCUAUCAAAGGUCAAUACUAUUCCAAACUCAUUUUUAUUUGCGUUUGAGACAUGAGCAAUUUCAUACAAUUAACUAGAAAAAGUACUUGGUAACUCAAAUGUAAAUUAAGUGUUUUACAUGAAAUUAGGGAACAAUACAAGCCAUACAAUUGGAAAUAGAAGGCCUGUUUUUCUAAUUCUGCCUUUAAGUGGAUACAUUAUUUGUGUCAGAAUGUAGAUAUAAGUUUAUACAGAGCUACUGUACUAUACACAGCUACAGUGUUUGACACUGACAUGUAAUGUAGUCUUAGUGUGUAGGGCCCUUAAAAGCCUUAUCAAACUUCAUCUUCAAUAUACUUUAUUGAACAUUUCAACUAUCUUUGGCUUAUGUCAAAGGUCAAUUGAAUAGUCAUUUUUGAAAGGGAAAGCUACUUUAUAACCUUGUGUAGGCUUGUUUUUAU